AUGGGUUAUCGAAUCGUCUCCGGCGGCUGUCACCUGGCGGAGCGAAAAAAUAGCGACUUUACAGCUCUCCGGUAGUUGUCACCCAAUGGAGAAGAGCUGGAUGGAGGUGGGGCGCGUGUCAGGGAGCUUCAUCCUCAAGUCUGCAUAGUAAGAAGAGGCUCUUCAUCACAUCCGGUAUGCUCUCAAAAGGUGGCGACUCGUCUCUCGGCAGAUCGUCCUCUUCCCGACAAUGGCUGGUUUGUUGAUCAAUCGGAGAUGCUUUACUUGAUGGAUUUGCGAUCCUUUUAUCGUGAAUCGUUCAUCAAUUUUAGUAGCAAUACUCUACGAAUCGCAUUGACGAGAUUUUAAUUGAUGAUCCAAUGAUUCUGGUUGCUUAAUCCUUCACCGGCGAUAUACAAGAAAGUUGUGAUAAUCAGAUAAAAAAUAUGAGUUUUGGCUCUGGAAAGAUUCAAACCUGCACUAGUUGCCCACCUUUUCUAGGGAAGGUGUGAUGUGAGUUUAGUCCCACAUUACUUGUGCGCCGAAUUUUUGGGUGAAUAUAUAGUAAUGUUACAUCUGCAAGCAAGUCCCUUUCUCGCACGUGUACAACCACUCCUUGCUCCACAGUUGGCUGGCCACCAGUAAUGUGGAAGGGGGGUGGCGCACACGUGCCUCUAUCGGUCUGA